AUGAAAUUCUCCUACUCUAUCACCAGCCUCAAGCGCUGGUCAUGCAAGAGCAAGGAUAUCCCUAGCGUCGCUACCAUCAAAGCCAUCCACGUGUAUGAUUUCGACAACACCCUUUUCAGCAGUCCCCUCCCAAAUCCUCAGAUAUGGAGUCCGCCUGCGGUCGGAAUGCUCCAGGCUUAUGACACACUUGCAUAUGGAGGAUGGUGGCAUGACUCCAGUAUACUGGCCGCAACCGGGGAGGGGAUCGAAAAGGAAGAGCCUCGUGCCUGGGAGGGUUGGUGGAACGAGACCAUCGUUCAACUCGUCGAGAUGAGCACGCAGUCGAAAGGAGUUCUUACUGUCUUGCUGACGGGACGAAGCGAGACCGAUUUCGCCAAUCUUGUCAACCGGAUAGUCACUGCAAAAGGCCUUGAUUUCGACCUGGUUGUCCUGAAGCCCGAAGCAGGACCCUCUGGACAGCGCUUUGAGUCCACCAUGGGGUUCAAACAGGAAUUUCUCAAAGAGUUGGUCUUUACAUACAAGAACGCCGAGGAGCUCCGGAUCUACGAAGACCGGCCGAAACACGUCAAGGGCUUUCGUGACUACUUUGAGCGCCUGAACAAGUCGUUGCUGUCCCAUCCCGCCGACCAACCACCGCCUCCACGAAAACCGAUCAACGCCGAAGUCGUGCACGUAUGUGAAUUGAAAUCGGCCCUCCAUGCCGAAACCGAAGUGGAGGUCGUGCAACGAGCCAUCAGCCGUCAUAAUCAUGCCGUCGCCACCGGCGGUCCCAACCCAACGAGAAGUGUCCGGAAGCAGUUGAAGAUUGUCGAGCAGUUUUCCUACUUUGGAUACCUGAUCAGUCAGACUGACUCGGCCCGUCUCAUUACGCUUUGCAAUGCAGCACCGCACCUGAUCGAUUCUGGCGAAGUUCGCUUGCUUGCUUCCAGCAUCCUCAUUACUCCGUAUUACCCACACAGAGACAUCCUUAAGAAGGUUGGUGGCCGCGGGAAGAAGGUGACAUGGCAAGUGACUGGCAUCGCCAAAUUCGAAGACCGUAUUUGGGCAGCUCGAGUGGCUCCCGUGUCGGAAACACAAAUUUACACUCAAGAUCCCACGCCUCUCGUAGUCCUCGCCAUUCGAAAAGGUUCCAGGCAGGUCGACGCGGCUAGGAUACAGAAUUGGCAACCGGUCGCGCCAGAGAAGGCGUUCAUGUUAGAAACCACCGUGGGUGACAAGGUCAUGUUGAAAAUUGAAGAGGUUGAUUCCCCCGUCCACAAUGUGUCUGGUGGGGCGCGAAAGAACCAGAAUGCCCUUGAGGUUGAUGGAGGCAACAAGCGCAAAUACAUGCAUGAGGAGUCGGACUACAGAAGUAAAGAAAACUAUCCUCGUGCUGCUGGCGGAGAUCGGGGUGACGGAGCUCCUUGGCCUGCCAAACACGGGUCUAAUUCGGGAGGCGGGAGGUUUUCACAACGAAACUACAUGAGUAAGAGUCAGUUCAACAAUCGGGCCAAUUCCAACAUGGCCGGCGGCAGAAACAACAACAACGCGAACACCAACCCCAACAACAACCAUCAGGGUCAAAAUACCAAUACCCGACAGCGUGGCUCCGGCACAGGUACGGGGUCAGCCGGUCGAGGAAAGACUGGCGGCGCCGGCGGAAGCGGAGGAAGCGGGAAUCGAGGACCAGCAGGGUACAAGAGUCUGGAUGACUAUGGACCCGGGAACUAUGACGGGGCCACUGAUUUGAAGACUGGAUCCGGAGAGAUGGUGAUGAAUUAUUGA